CAGAGCAGAAGCAACAAGGGUACCGAAACAAGCCUAGGUACAGCACAGCACUAGACGGUACAAGCACAGCCAAUCAACCUUUCCAUUCAUGCGUCCCUAAUUUCUCGCGUUUAGUCUAGCUCCAAGCACCUGUCGGUUUCGCGGAAGUGACACCACUCGCAUUGUGGCUUGGAGUCGCUUAGGCUGCUAUCCAGUCGCUAUGACGGCCAUUCGGGGAUAGUGAGAAACGACCGAGAAGCAGCACCAGGAGACGGCGACGCGCCUGCCUGGGGCACACCAGUAGGCCUCGGUAAUGCCUGCUCCACCAGCAGUCUCACCUCCGCAACCCUCUUCUCCAGACCAACCUUCCCCUUUCCUCCCUGCCCUCACACCUGAAGCUGCCCUAGACCCCUCUGCUACUAACGUCACAGCCAUCACCGCUCUGGCAGACCCUGCGUUUACCAAGCCUGAAGACGCCGAACCUGUUGCGGCAGAUUUGAGGGCUUCUGUGCAGGCAGAGCAGCAGCAAAAGCAGCAGAUUCCGUAUCAGGCACAGCAGGGCGUCGAAACAGCAGUAGCAGGAGGAGGAGCCGCAGAAGCAGCAGCAGCAGCAGCAGCAGCAGAGGCAGGCAAAGAGGCGUGGGCAAGACAAGGUAGUCUGCCAACUGCAGGCGGGCCUGCUGCAGGCGCGGUCGUGGCGGGGGACGCAGCAGCCACUGCGGCAGCACUCUGCGGUCCGGAGGCAGGGGCGGCCGGAACAGGGGCGCAGGGAGCAGUGGGGCAGGGGGUAGGGGAGCAGGGGGCACGAGAGCGGGGGGCAGGGAAGCAGGGGGCAGGAGAGCAGGGGGCAGGGGAGCAGGGGGCAGGAGGGGUGGUGGGGCAAGGGGCUCCGGGGGCCGAGGCAGCGGCACAAGGGGCAGGGGGAGCAGGGGGGGCGGGGAGAGGGGGGGGGGGAGCAGCGGAGCCGGAGCAGCAGCUGGCGGAGGCGUGGCAGCGGGCGCUGGACGAUGCGGAGGUGGAGAUAAGGAGCCAGGCGAUCGAAAACGAGUUUCUGCGGUCCAAGCUGCGCGUGCUGGAAUGGCAGAUGCACAACGGGGCACUAGCAGGUACUGCCCCGCCUGACGUGGACGGUCUCCUCUCCCCUUCCUCCGCACGCCUUCCUGCUGCGGCUACUACAGCCGCAGGGCUUGCAGGUCUCACUGUAGGGGGUAACGCUACAGGUGCGGCUGGUUUAGGCGCGCCUGGGGUAGGCGCAGCUGGGUUAGGUGCUAGUGUAGGCGCGUUCACCAGCUCGCCAGCCACCAGUCCGCAGGUAGGGACUGGAGCAGCAGGGGUAGGAGGUAUAGCAGCAGCAGGUGGGGAGGUAGGAACAGGGGGAGGUGCCAUGGCUGCUGCAGCAGCGGCGGCAGCACCAGGAAUGGGAGCGCCAGGAAUGGCCGGGCUAGCAGGCACCAGUGGUGGAAUGGGAGGGAUGUUAGGGUCCGAUCAGGUGGUGACUGGGGAAGGUGGUAUCGGGCGACUGGGUGGGAUGGCAGGGGACGGAAUGGGCGGGGGAGGGGGCGGGGACGGGGCAGGGGGAAUGGGAGGGGGAGGAGGAGGGGGAAUGGGAGGGGCGGCGGAGAAGGACCUGGAAGCAGCUCUGCUGGAGCGGCUGCUGCAGAAGCUGUCGGUUAAUGGGACCCUGGCUGCUGCUGUGGCACAGGCAGCAGGGGGGGAGAGGGGCGGUGUAGGGGGAGGGGGAGGAGCAGGAGCAGGAGCAGGAGGAGGGGGAGAGGGGGCAGGAGGGGAUGGUGGCAUCAUGGGGAAUGGGGCCAUGAACGGAGGGGCAGGGGGCGGGCUAACUGGGCAUGUGCUUGAUCGUGAGCAUGACAGCCUGGCGUUGACUCCGUUUGACCGCCAGUCGCUGGCUGUGCACCCCUCCAACUCCACCUCUUCACGGCAGCUAGCUGCGUUGCAGCCUUUUGCAGGGGCGUCAGGCCCUGGGGGUUCCGGCGGUGCGAGUGCGUCUGUGAACAUGGGCGAGUUGAUGCAGCGGGUGGCCUCUCUGGAGGAGCAGGUCAGAGCCAAGGACAAGCUGCUGGCUGCUGCUCAGGCACGGGAAGCACAGCUGCAGGCAGAGAAGCGGUCAUUGGAGCGGCGAAUGUCUGAGCUCCGACUGGCGUUUGACGGGCAGCAGCAGAACCUCAUGGGGUCGGCCCAGAAGGCCAUGGUGUACCGGAAGGACGUGCUGGAGGAGAACGUGCGCCUCACCCGCGCUCUGGAGCGAGUGGAGCAUGAUCGCAUGCUCUUCAUCACCACCCUCACGCCUUUAGCGGGGGAGUUUGGCCUCUCUGCCACGGCCAGUGCUGACUCGCACCACAUGCUGCUGUCCGUCAAGGCUGUGCUGCAGCAGCUGCUCACCCGCACCACUCGCACCAACGAGGGUCCGUCAGCCCCUCUCCCCACUCUCUAUGGCACCACGGAUCCCACUCUCUCUGCGCUGCUGCUUGCUAGUGGCGCCAACCCCUCCAACCCUGUGCUUGCUGCAAACGCUCUCUCUGCCAACCCCCUCUCUGCUGCGGCGCUCUCUGCUGCUGCCUCUCCCCUGCGCCACUUGGCUGCUGGGGGUGGAUUGCCCACUGAUCCGCUGCUCUUGCGACUCGCUCUGGCACAGGCAGGGCAGCCCUACGACCCAGCCUACCUCUCAGCAGCAACAGCAGCGGCGGCAGCAGCAGGCACAGGGUUGAAUCCGUUUAGCUCGGUCCUACACCCGGCCACUGCUCUCCCCCCCAUCUACUCCUCUCCUUUGGCCUACCCCAGCUUGCAGCCGGCCCUACUGGGCUAUUCUCCCGCUCAGCAGCAGCUGCUGCUGCAGCAACAGCAGCAGUUGCAGCAGCUGCAGCAUCAGCAACAGCAACAGCCGCAGCAGCCACUGCAACAGCAAUUGCUGCAAGCACCCCCGCAGCAGCAAGCAGCGAUGCAGCAGCAAUGGCAGCAGCAGCCCCAAGCACAGCAGCAGCCACAACCGCCACCACAGCAGCACUGGCAGCAGCAGCAGCAGCAGCAGCCGCAGCAACAGUAUAUUGCUCAGCAGCAGCAGCCACAGCAGCCGCCACAGCAGCAGUAUCUGCAGCAGCCGCAACAAUCCCCACCACCACCCAUGCAGCAACAGCAACAACAUUACCAGCAGCAGCAGCAGCAGCAGCAGCAGCAGCAGCAGUACCAGCCACUGCAGCAGCAGCAGCAGCAGCAGCCACAGCAGCAGCAGAACGUUGAGCCUGAAAUGUCUCUUAAGGGCGGAUUUUUACCUGCUUCCUCUGCCACUCCUGGUGCUUUUUUCACUGCUGCUGGUACUGCUGCUGGUGCGCUUGGCCCUGAGGCCUCCAUGGGUAACAGGAUGGGAGGAGGAGGAGGAGGAGGAAGCAUGGGAAUGCAGCAGCAGCAGCAGGGGGGGGUGGAUGGGGCGGGAAGCAUGGGUAUGGGGCAAGGGCAGGCGAUGGGGCAUGCAGGUGGCGAUGGGGCUGCUGUGGACUUCAGUGCCAGCACAGCAGGGGGAGCAGCAGGCAUGGGGGGGCCUGGGGCGAGCAUGGGAGGGGCGGGUGACCCUGCUGCUAGCUGGGGUGGUGGCCUGGCACCAAUAAACGAGGACGAGGGGCAAGGCUUGGUCAACAACUACACUGAGCCUCAGCUGCAGCAGCAGCAGCAGCAACAGCAGCAGCAGGAUUUCCAGCAGCAGCAGCAAGAGUAUCAGCAGCCGCAGGAGUAUCAGCAGCCGCAGGAGUAUCAAGCACAGCAGGUUUACCAGGGGCAGAUGGCUGAUCAGGGUGGCAUGGACCCCAAUAUGGAUCCCUCCCAGCAGCAUGCUCUCCAGCAGGAGGAGGGGCAGCAGCAGGUGCAGUAUGCACAGGACGACUACCAGCAGCAGCAGCAGCAGCAGCAGCAGCAGGAUUACCAGCAGCAGCAGCAAGAGUACCAGCAGCAAGACUACCAGCAGCAGGAUUAUCAGCAGCAGCUUGAGCAGCAGCAGCAGGAGUACCAGGGGCAGGAGUAUCAGCAGCAAGGGGGGGAGGACGCAGGGCAGCAGGAGGGAGCAGCGGAGGGGCAAGGGGGGGAGGAGGAGGAGGAGGGGGAGGAGCUGCUGCCGGGGAUAGAGGGGCUGAGGGUGAUAGGCGAUGCUGCCAUGGGCAACAAGCUCACGGCAUGUGGCCACUCUGUCAACGGCACCAAGCUCUGCGUCUUCCAGUGGGUGCGGCAGUACCAAGACGGCACUGCUGAAUUCAUCGAAGGAGCGUCAUCACCUGAGUAUGCGGUGUCAGCCGAUGACUGCAACGCCAUCAUCGCGGUGGAGUGUGUGCCGCUGGACGAGGCGGGCAGAAGGGGAGAGUUGUCUCGAGUGGUGGUCAAUGAAGGCAACUUGAUCCAACUCGAGCCCACGGUGCAGGAGACGCUGGCAGGAUGGCUGGCAGAAGGCUCCACCCAGUUUGAAGCCACCCUGGUGGAAAUCAGUGAGGGCGAGGAGCCGCAGGAGCAGCAGCAGACGCCGCAGGCAGUGACGCUGCAAGUGAGGCGCACCGACUUUGUGCUGCGCAAGGCCAAGAAGGCGCUUAUCAAGGAGCCCUGGGGCAACCUUACAGCGGUGGAGAUCAGUGUCAUGCACCGCAUGUCGCUCUUCUUCAUUCUCUCCGAUGGCCGACAGCUCUUCCUUGACUUCAGGGAUGCCAGGACGAGGGACCUGGCGGCGCUGAGCAUGCGACAGUUCAAGGCGAAUGUGCAUGAGAAGGGCUCCUCGCGAAAGGGUCUUGGUUGGCUCGGGAUCAAGAAGCCAUGAGCCUUCCGAAAGCUCCAGUUGGUUACUGCCAAGGUUUUUCUCUGGGACAUUUACCAAAACAAUGUGGUUUCUUUUCUAGUUGGUCACCUUUAAUUUAAUUUAUCGUAGUUUGUAUAAAAUUGCAAGGAUACCAGAUAAUCGGUGCUUUGCAUCAGUGGUGUGGCAGACUUCAUGGAGAUCUUAUGGUGAAAGCAACAUAAUUGAUUCAGAGGCUGAAUGCGAUUUGUCUAGCGACGGAUG